GUCUUUUCUGAGACAAGAGGUGAAGCAGAAAAACAAGUUUACUCACAGUGUAUGACGAGAGGAAGGCACGGAACAGGAAAAUCCCAUCCCGACGGAGAAACACACUCAGCCCCGAGAUCGCAGAGGUCAAAACCGCCAUUUCCGAUCAUUAUUUUUUUAAAAAAGGGAGAGGAGAGGAGGAAAAUAAAUAGAGAUAUUGGGAAAUUCGGAACUUCCCGAAUCCGAGCAUGGUUUUUGACACGAAUAUGAAUUCCGUUUUCCUGUAACCGGACAAACUGUGGCGUCAUUCCCUUCCUGACGAUCCCGCCUUAUCGGCUCGCGGAUUGGCCAUUGGCUUUUCCAAGGACGGCCCCACGACGCUGAUAUUAACGUCUGAUUGGAUAGAGGAACUGUCAUCAGCUGGAGGGACGGGUUGUGCAGCAAACUUGACAUUUGCUCAGAGCAGCGAUAAAAAAUGUUUUACCAGAAGUCCGUGGCAGGGAUGAUAAAAAAGAGUUAAAGAGCUGGUCUUCGCACGCAAAACGAGAACAAUAACGAAUAAGGGUCCCUAUCAACCACCUGAAUUGUAUUUGCAGAUUUGAAACAGAGCUCAAGGCUGGAUUUUUGGAAUACGAUAUUCCAUUGUUUUCCCCCAACCUCAAUUCACAUCAACUUCCUCUCUUACCCGGAGAAGAAAAGCAUCUGGACAUAUCACCUCCUAGAUACAGGAUAGAAGAACUUUUCAUUAAGAGAAGAAGAAAAGACAUGGAAGCAAUUCUACCAGUAUUUGUAGUAGUCAUUUUAGGAUCACAGAUACAAGCAGGUCCUGUAGCAACCAAUGAAUGUAAAAUUGGAAAGAUUGGAGAAAACCAUCCUAUCACCAUCUCACACCUUAAACAACUCCCUGCAUUACAAAGCUGUAUGUCCAGUGGCAGGUCUACAGCUAAUGAAAUUGUUUAUACCAUCAAUUUGAUUCUACCUCCUACAACAGAACUCCUUCAGAUUUCUUUGCAUGUGCAGUCGAUUAGUGUCAACAAGACAUUGAUUCUUGUUUUGAACAGCAGCAAUGAUUUAGUUUGGAAUGUGGGUGCUAUCAAGAUGCCACUUAAAGUCUACCAUUCCACAAAAUCCUAUGUAAUACCCCAGGAAACAAGGAAACUUUCAAGUCUGGAACAACUGAAGCUAGCUGAGGAAAACUGCAGUUCAGUCAUUAGCUCAGUUAAGUUUGAAGAAGCUGGUGGAAUAACUAUAGAACUGAUAAAAGAUGAGACGUUCCCAAAUAAAUGUGAUGAAACGCCUUGUAUCAGUGCUGAAAAUAAUCUGAAGUAUAAGCCUCUCCAGGAAGACUUGAUGGGUUGUGUGACAUCUGACCAACACGUCAUUCCUCAAAUCCACAUCAUAAAUCUAAUACCAAUGCACAAUUCUUUCAGGAGCUCCGAAGAUAAGAGUGUUAACUUGAAUGUUGAAUUUACACAUGGAAAUAAUUGCCCAAUUGUCUACCUAGUUAUACAGAGCAAUAAGCCUAUAAAUCUGAACAUCAGUGGUGAAGUUCCUUCUUCAUUACAACUUAAGCUAUCCCACAGAAUCCAUGCAACUUGGCCAGGAUUGAAAUCAUCAGUUGUAUCUAAUCUCCCAAAAGCUUCGAAACAACUGGUGGAGUGGGCCAUUGAAAAUGAACGUGGUGCUACAUCAUUGACGGAGAUUCCGUUGUUUGAUGAGAUCAAACUUAAAUGUAAUCUUCGUGCAAAUGAUAUUCAUACAUCUGUGCCGCAAUCAGAGUCUCUAGACAGUUAUGUUAAGUCUGUUCACUGUGGAGAAUCGGAGAUGGAAAUCAUUGUUAGUAAAGAUGGGAAGAAGCCAAUUCAGGAAAUAACAUUAUUGGAUGAUAAUUGCAAAGGAAACCAUAAUGAAACACAUUUCUACCUAAAGUACAUCCCUUACACAGAAUGUAACACUACUGAAAGUGGAGGCAACUACACAAACAAGCUAAAGAUGAAGUUAUACAAUGGAACUGAAAUCAUACAUGAUGUGCGCUGCCCACAAGUGCAAGAAGUUUGUGAUCUUGUUAAACAUAACAUGAUUGGCGAUAGAUCAUCUAUCAGAAUUCUUGAAUAUUGUGACUUUAAAAAGUCAUUUUCAAAAAUUUACAACAACACAGAUGUCAUUGGAGAGAUUUUACUGCCUUCAUUUGGAGGAACAUUUCAAACUUUAGACGUGAAACUUCAAAACUGUUCUCUCAUCCCAAGAUUUGCAGUCAAUUCCAUAAAUAAAAGUGCCCUUCUUCCUAAAAUCUCAGUGAUUGUUACACAUGCAAAAUCACACAAAACCAAGUGUACUGAUGCAGUCGUACACCACUACCCAUUCCGGUUUUUUUUCCAUAAUUCGUGGCACCCAUUUGUUGAGGAAACAAUCUUGGAGUGUACUGAACUGGCCUGUACUUCUGAGUCUUGCUUUGAUAUGAGAAGGAUACACAAAACGUUGAAAAUUGACAACCAUAGUCCUCUGCAUCCUAUUUGUCCCACAUUUCCAGACCCCUCAAGUCGAGAGGGCCCAGCUCCCACAAGUCACCGACCUGACGGCCCAGACCUCAUAAGUCACAGGCCAGAACUUCCUGUGUUCCAGGGACUGGGAAUGUCAGCUGCUUUAGGAAUUGCAUUUGGUGCAUUUGUCAUCGGAGCAUUACUGAUUGCAGCUCUGUGGUAUAUCUAUUCACACACCCGUCUUUCUGAAAAGCAGCAGCCUGUUUUUGCUAAUCCAACUACAUCUGAGAACAGCAGCACCAAUCACAGCAUUAGUAGCACUCAAAGUACCCCAUGUUCUACAAGCAGCGUUGCAUAGCCAUCAUCUACAAUGCUUUCAACAACACGGACUAGUUAAAAUAUGUUGUUAUAUAGCAACUUUUUUUGCAAAAUGCUCUGAGUAACCUAUGGUGAAUUCAAUGGUAAAACAUCUUUGAAAGUGAUUUAACAGCUGCAAAAAGAAACCUAUUUUUAAAGAGACAUAUGUUUGGUGGCAUUACAGUUUACCAACUGCAACUCCAGUAGCAACUCUGCCUAAAAGUUACAAAGCAUCUAGAGAAUAAUGUUAUCAGUGACUAUGACACAGGUGAUGCCUUAAAUUACAAGGAUAUAUGUCUAAUUGUUUUAUGACUAUUGUUUGAAGAUAAGGCUGGAAUAAGCCAUGAAUAUUCAGGUAUUAGUGUAUUUUUAAUAUUUAAGUACUAGUUUAAUAUUGUAUGCAAGGGUUUAAUAACUUUUUCACACUUUCUCUCAUGAGAGAUGAUGAUAGUGUAACUAUACGGGUGUGCUUUGUCAACAGUGGGUAUUCACUCCUAUGUGGAAUGCAGCCAUACUAGCCAAAACAAGAAGUUGAGCAAUUAUGACAGUGAUUCCACAAUUGGAACUGUGACCAACAGAUUUUGACAGGACUUCACUUGAGAGAACUAAGUUGCUGUUUUUGUGGCUUACAUCUUUGUACCAUGUCCAUUUCAGUACAGUUCACCCAAUAGGAGACAAAAUUAUGACAAUUGUUUUUAAUCAAGAUACCAACUGAAUUUAACUAAUGGAAAAGUUUGCACCCUGCACACAAACUGCAGUGUCACUAGUAGUAACAUUCUUCUUAAAAAGGGAAAAUUGAAGAUCAUGAUGAACUAAGUAACAAUUAAAGCAUGUUAUGGGGAACCAAGAAAAAGUAAAUCACUUUUACAGAUUUUUACAUGUGCCUUUUAUGUAAAUGCACAUCAUGAAUACAGCUUCUAACUACAGAAUUAUUGAACUAAUACUGCCAGGAACCCUAUUAAAUGAACAAAAAGAAAAUGUCUGAUUUGUUUACUUUCAUUCAGAGGUAAAUGUUCAGAAUUCCAGCUGAAAAUUUCAACUGUCCCUUUUCUCCCUUUUGAAAUAUUAGUUGUGUUCUUUUAUCUUGAUUACUAGUGCUCUUAGAUGUCACCACUACAACCAACCCUUCCAACAGGCUGUGUUUUUAUGGUAUCAGUAGGUUUGUCUUAUAUAUUUCCAGUUUUGGAACAAAUAUAUUUAAAAUGCCUUCUAAAAGGAAGAGAACUGUAUGGUUCAAUCUAAGUAUGAUAAGAAAUUAAUCUCAAUGUAUUAUAAAGCCUAUUGAUACAGUUAUGAUUUGAGUAACCUGUUAUCUUUUUAAAUCAUUUCUGUUCCCAAAUACUCUACGGUUUUAAUGUCUUAAGUCAUAAAGUAAAUCAGCAUGGAAAAAAGCCCUUGGACCAUUGUGUCCAUGCUGGCCUUCAAGCACCUAUUCAAUCCCAUUUCCCAGCAUUUAGCCAAAAGCCUUGUAUUCUAUUAGCAUUUCAGUUGUCCAGCUAAAUAUCAAGAUGUGAGGGUUCCUAUUUCUACCACCCUUUCAGGUAGUGGGUUCUACAUACACCAUCCUUGGGAGGGUUAGGGGCCGAGGAGAGAACGUUAUUCUUCAAAAUCCCUCUAAAUCUCUUUUCCUUACUUUAAAUCUAUGAGCCUUGAUCACUGACUUCUCUUCUAAUUACAGUCAGAGCAACUGACUGUAGCACAGAAACUGACCCUUUGGUCCAGCUUGUCCAUUGCAGACCAGAUAUCCAAAACGAACAUAAACCUUUCCUAUUGAUAUACCCAUCCAGAUGCCUACAUGUUGUAAUUGUACCAGCCUCCACCACUCCCUCUGGCAGCUCAUUCCAUACACACACCACCCUUUGCCUGAAAAAAUUACCCCUUAUGUCCCUUUUAAAUUUUUCCCAUCUCACCCUAAACCUAUGACCUCAAGUGCUGAACUCCCCCAGCCCAGGGAAAAGAUCUUGCCUGUUUACACAAUACAAGCCCCUCAUGAUUUUAUAAACCUCUAAGGUCAUCCAUCAGCCUUUGACACUCCAGGGAAAACAGCUCCAGCCUCUUUAGCCUCUCCUAUCGCUCAAAUCCUCCAACCAUGGCAACAUCCUCAUAAAUCUUUUCUGAACCCUUUCAAGUUUCACAAAAUCCUUCCGAUUGGAGGGUGACUAGAAUUGCACAUAAUAUUCCAAAAGUUAUUUCUAUCUAAUGUAUGCCUUUCAUAAUUUUGUACUUUAAUCAAGUCUCAUUUCAAUCUUGGCUGGUCUAAGGAAAACAACUGCAGCCUAUCUAGUUGCUUUUCUUCAAGAAGCUAGAAUUCUUAAUUCAGCUUAAUUCUUAAUUGAACUUUAAUGUAGCUUUAAAGUUGAGAAAAACAACUCACCUAUUAGUUCUCCACUUUGUGUUGAUGUCACUUUCGUCAACCUUUCUUGAGUACUGGUGAUCUUCUUUUGGGUUACCUGCUAUUCAAACUGGUUUGAUCUCUCAAUCUCGCUAUUUUAUUAUUUAAAAAUGUUGAGUUAUGCAUGUUAUUUGAACUUCAUCACACUUCAAUAUUCCUAGUAAAUUUUAUACUGUACCUACAUGUGUUUUGUAAGUUUCUACUUUGUCCUUUAAGUGACUGAAUGUGAAACCUAUUUUACAUAAAACUUAACACUACAGAAUUAGGCCAGUUAACAGGCACAAACCCCCACCCACCCUUAAUUAUUUUUUCAUUUCUCCUGUGUGCUUACCUAGUUUUUCCUUAAAUACAAAAUGCUAUUUCCCUCAACUAACAAUAGGGGAGAGCCACAUUCUUACCAGGCUUUGGAUAAAGAAGGUUUUCCGGAUUUGUCUGUGCAGUAACUACUGUUUUAAUCAGCUGCAUUUGCAGUCUGUCCUACAACCAAGCAUCGCUACCCUAUCAAGUCUCUAAAUACUCCUAAAGCAUUAGGUUCUCUACAUUGCUGGGGAACAAACAGCAGUUGUUAUCUAUAUCCAGAGGGCAUUCUUGUAAAAGGAAGGCUGUUUCACAAUAUUUUUGUCUAUGUUGAGUUUUUUCCUUUAAUUUUAGAACUUUUUAAAAAUACCACAUUUUAUCGUUAAAUUGAACUUUUAAAACUACAUUUACAUUGCUGGUAAUUGCAGUUGUCUGCAAUUUGGAAGCAUAAAUCAAAUUUCCCUCAUGGGUGAAAUGUCAACGCAAUUUAUCAUGAUCCUGAAUGGUUGUACAAAAAGUAACAUUUGAAUACUUAAUUUUCUUAAUCUAUUCCAUUAUCACUGAGAAUUCUGAAAGAUUGUAGUGUUAGCUUAGUAUCUUUGCAAAAAUUUAAAGAUUUGUGCCUUUGAACAAAAUAUUCAAAUCAAUUUUGAUUUUGUUAAUCAAAAAUGUAUUGAUUUUUUGUUUCCCUCAGGGGAAUAGCAAAUGUUAUCCUGUCAUCUGAAGCAUUUUUAUUAAAAUACUUCUAAUUUGCAUGUUUGUCAACUAAAUAGAUUAAAAAUAUGAAAAUGGAGUACGUUGAAGGAUGUACUUUUUACCAGAGCAUGUGUUGACUUACAGCAUCUUCAUUUGCUAGAGUAUUCAUUCAAGCUAUAGUUCUCCUUGCAGAAAAAAUCUUAAAUGUUCUUGUUCUUCUAUAAAUUGUGUUGUUUUAUGGAAGUUCUGAUUCUAUUUCUGUAUGUAUUUUCUUAAAUUACAAAUGCUUUUAAUGUCUUCGAAGAAGACAUUUAUUGACCUGUAUGAGAUAUGUACAUUAUUGUCAGUAUUAUAAAGUUUGUGGUUAUUCAUAAUCGGAACAAU